UGUCCCCGUGCACCCCACAGUCCAGUCCAUCUCCCUCGGCUUGGCUUGGUGCCCCCGCCCCGGGAGAGGGGUGUGGAAAAAAGCAACCACAGAGCCCAUGGAUCUCAGAACAUCGAGGGCAAGGUGAGCAGCAUCGUUGCUGGGCAUCUAGGAAAACACAUGACACCUGCAGCCUUUGGAGGUUCCUAGACUCUCAGAGCUGGAGGAGACUUCCAGCGGUCAGCUGCUGUGCCAGGAGGAGCUCCGGCCACAUCACCCUCAGGGAGAGAGUUGCAUUAUCCUUUGGUGGAAAGAUCUCCAGAGGAGAGACUUUAACCUUCCUGGCCAUCCAACAUGUUCUGCCUGCUCUACCACGUGGCAUGCUGACCAUGAGCAUCAACUCCUCUGUCAGUCAAGGGAAGGAGCUGGCCAACCUCCCAGGCCCGGAGGGAGAUGACGGGGCAGUCACCAUCACCGAGUCUAUCGCCAUCAUCAUCAUCGCCAUCUUCGUCUGCCUGGGUAACUCGGUGAUAGUGUUCACCCUGUACAAGAAGUCCUAUCUGCUGACACUGAGUAACAAGUUUGUCUUCAGCCUGACCCUGUCAAACUUCUUGCUGUCUGUGCUGGUGUUGCCCUUUGUGGCGACAAGCUCCAUCCGGCGGGAAUGGAUAUUUGGGGUGGUCUGGUGCAACUUCUCUGCUCUCCUGUAUCUACUGAUCAGCUCUGCCAGCAUGCUCACCCUGGGCGUCAUUGCUAUUGACCGUUACUAUGCUGUCCUUUAUCCCAUGGUGUACCCCAUGAAGAUCACCGGGAACCGGGCUGUGCUUGCCCUAGUCUACAUCUGGCUCCACUCCCUCAUCGGCUGCCUCCCUCCCUUGUUUGGCUGGUCAUCUGUGGAGUUUGAUGAGUUCAAAUGGAUGUGUGUAGCUGCCUGGCACCGGGAAGUUGGGUACACGGCCUUUUGGCAGAUCUGGUGUGCCCUGUUGCCCUUUGUGGUCAUGGUGGUUUGCUAUGGCUUCAUCUUCCGUGUAGCCAGGGUGAAGGCCCGCAAGGUCCACUGUGGUACAGUGGUCAUCGUGGAGGAGGACGCCCAAAGAAAUGGGAGAAAAAACUCGAACACCUCCACCUCCUCCUCAGGCAGCAGGAGGAACACUUUCCAAGGUGUGGUCUACUCUGCCAACCAGUGCAAAGCGCUCAUCACCAUCUUGGUAGUGAUUGGUGCAUUCGUCAUCACGUGGGGCCCCUACAUGGUCGUCAUCACUUCUGAGGCCCUCUGGGGCAAGAACAGUGUGUCUCCUGCCUUGGAGACGUUAGCCACGUGGUUGUCCUUCACCAGUGCCAUCUGCCAUCCUCUCAUCUAUGGACUUUGGAACAAGACAGUGCGCAAAGAAUUACUAGGCAUGUGCUUUGGGGACCGGUAUUACCGAGAGCCAUUUGUUCAGCGACCGAGAACUUCCAGGCUGUUUAGCAUCUCCAACAGGAUUACAGACCUAGGACUGUCUCCACACCUUACUGCCCUCAUGGCAGGAGGACAGCCUCUGGGACACAGUAGCAGCACCGGGGACACUGGCUUCAGCUGCUCUCAGGAUUCAGGGACUGAUGUGAUGCUACUUGAAGAUUACAGUUCUGAUGACAAUCCUCCUUCGAGAUGCACUUGCCCUCCCAAGAGACGGAGUUCAGUGACGUUUGAAGAUGAAGUGGAGCAAAUGAAAGAAGCUGCCAAAACCUCUAUUCUCCACGUGAAGGCUGAAGUGCACAAGUCCCUGGACAGCUACGCGGCCAGUUUGGCGAGAGCCAUCGAAGCGGAUGCCAAGAUUAGCUUGUUUGGGGAGGAGGCUCUUCCUGGAGUAUUGCUGGCUACUCGGACCAUGCCAGGGGGAGGCUUUGGGGGCCGCCGAGGCAGUAGGACUCACACUAGCCAGAGGCUGCAGCUGCAGAGCAUUGAGGAAGGGAACAUUUAGCUUUGGGGCCAUCAGUGAGGGACCAGAGACACCACUCAGGGGCAAGGGCUAGAGAUGUCAUUCCACAUGAUGCCAAGAAAGCGAGACCCUUCUCCAAGGAAGCUGUGGCCCUGGGUUGGCACAGUUUUGAAGGGACCACGUGGGGGGUGGGGAGAAUCAGCUAACGUACAAGCACCAAAAAAAAGAAAGAAAAGACAAAACUGCUGCAGUUGGCAAAGAGUUUUGGCUCAUUGGUACACUGUAGCCACUCUUCUAGGUUCUAGUAACUUUAUCCCUGAGGGGAGCCAAGGCACAUAGAUAAACAGAUGGGUAAUAGAUAAACAACAUGGUUGUGUUGUAUUUUGAGAGGACAGUGUUACCAGGUCCACAAAGUUGGGGCAAAGAAGUUUGAAUGUAGCACAAAGUCAUCCUGUUGAACUAGCUGCUUUACUCAUCACCUUCUUGACCCAGGGACCCUCAUAAUGAGUUGGACCAAGAACCUUAGAGAGAGGUAAAUGCACUCUGUAGGAUGGACAUCCUUUUACAUUGUUCCCAAGGGUAUCAGGUUGGUGUCUUGUUCUUUGGGUUGGCGUGUGCCCUUAGGCGCUGUGUGCAGUGAUUCCAGUCUGUGCUGGGAAAAAAAAGAAAAUCAGAGAGCCUGUCUAGCAGAAGGCCCAGCACAUGAAGAAUUAAAGUCUAAGAGAUGGUGCCCAGACCAUCCACCUGUUUGGCUCGUGAGUGCUUGUUGCUGAAGUUAUAGGUGGGCCAGGUCAGAGGGAAGUGAGAUUGUCCUUGCCAGAGAGCUGAUCAUUCAUUGAGGACCAGGCUGUUUGAUGUUCUCACCCAAGGGUGUUUGUAUUUCAAAAGAAGGGGAAAACCACUAUUCAUAUGAAAGAGGAAGGGUCAUAGACCUUGUGUUUUAGAUUGAAAACUUUCAGGAUAGGUUAAUUACAGAGACUCGGUAGGGGGAAUGGUACUUAGCACAACUAUACAAUGCAGCUCUUAUUUUUAUUCGGGGAUGAAGUUAUCCUCACGAGUGAAAGCUUCAUUGAGUGGACUUUUAUUUGUGAUAUUACAAGUCAUCUUAGAACAGGGUCUUCUUGGGGACUAGGAUUAGAAAAGAAUUAUUGGUCCAAAAAGCUAGUCAUUGCUACUCAAGAUCUACCCUCCAGAACUUAGUGGUCAUUUUUCUUUCACAUUGAAGAAAAGAAUGAAGACAGAGUCAGGAAACAGUAUUUGUACCUUAAAAAAAAAAAGUAUACAUAUACAUAUACAUAUACAUAUACAAGGAAGAGACGACCUGGGUAUUUUUUCAGUUUAUCUUUCCACUUAUUGCAUAGUCCCCAGUGGAAUACCAGCCAACAGGAAAUGUAAGAGAAAAGGGCCUGAAUUGUAAAGAGUUCUUCAGAAUCCAUGAACUUCCUUAGGUCAGAUUUUUCUUAGCUUUACCUUGGAGGUUUGGGCUGAAGAUGACCAUAGGGUCCUAACUGAACUGAAGAUUCCAGAAGAAUCUCUUCCUUCCCUAUCACCUUCCCUUUGACCUGGAUGGGGUAGCAUUAUCCUAGGUUGAAUAAAGUCCGUUUGUGAUUUGGGAGUUUGGGUUGACUAUGACUGAGAGGCAGCAUGGUAUAAUGGAUAGAAAGCUGACUUAGAAACCAGGAAGACUGGAUUCUAAUCCUGCUUCUGACACAUACUGGCCUUGUGACCCUGAACAAGUCACUUCAUCUCUUAAUGCUCUAAGCAGCCCUCUAAGACCGUGAGUUUCAGAGAAGAUGCCAUCCUGCAUUGGUAGAGGGAAUUUCUCAUCCCAGGAGUUCCCUAUACUUAAGAAAUCACAGGUCCAGACUCAGUCUCUUUGACUAGCUAAGUCUUAAAGGGGUCCAAGUAUGCCUGAUUUCAAGUAGCCACUCUCCAAGGUUCUCUGUCCUCAUGACACUUCCAUUUGGGGCAAGGCUAAGUUCGGAGAGUAGAAGCAUUCCACUUUUUAGGCAUUCAUAGCAUUCACUCUGUAGAGCAAUAGUGUAAAUAGAAAGCAUCUUUAAUUGCAUUCUGUAAGAGGCCUUACGAUAUUGGCCCACAGUGUAAUCUUGACAUUCUCCCAUUUCAAGAAUGAGGCUCUUGUUAACAUUUACCAAAUUAAUACCGUCUUGUGUCAGAUGAAGAGAAGGGUAUUGUGCUUGGCAAGUUGGGGAAUGGCGAGAAGGCUUCCAAACGGGAGAGCAGAGUUGGGGUCUCAAAGUUGAGCCAGCCACAACUGUGGGCUGCCUCUAACAGGAUGAAAUUGAUUAGGAAUCAAUGUGACAUUCUACUCUUGGGUUUAGAAAAAGAAAUCAGGUGCAUCACGAGGGAGGCCUGGCUAGACAAGGGGAUUGCAUGAAGAGUCAAGGGAUUUAGCAGAUGCUUAAGUCGAGUGUGCCGUGUGACAUUGGCAGCCGUAGAAGGCUAUUGCAAUCAUAAAGAGCAUUCAGUGAAACCUCAUGUCCAAAAUGAGGAGUUCACAGGAUCAGAAACCUAGAAUUAGAAGGAGUGCAGAAGCUUUCUAGUCCAAUAACCUUAUUUUACAGAUGAGGAAACUGAACCUCAAGGAGCUUAAAUGACUUACCAAAGGUCAUGUGGUAGUAGUCAGAGGUGGAAUUUAAAGUCGGGUCCUCUUUCUCCAGAGCCAGUGCCAUUCAUAGGUCUACUGUACUCUACACUGGUCAAGCCACAUGUGGAGUCCUGAGUUCAGUUCUGAGUUAUUAAGGCCCCUGACAAAUUAGAGCAGGUUGAGAGGAAGGAGACCAGGAUAGUGAGAGGCCAUACAAUCAUUGAUUCAAAACCCUAGGUAUAAUUUGCUUGGAAGAGAGGAGGCUUUUAAGGAGAAUAUGACUCUUACCUUCAGGUAUCAGGCAGUCAUGUUAGAAGAAUAAUUAUACUUGUCAUCAGUCCUGGAGGGCAGAAUGAGAAGCAAUGAGUAGAUGCUGCAGAGAUAGAUAUUUAGGUUCAAUGUAAAGAAAAACAUUUUGGGCAACUAGAGCUUAUCCAAAAAUAGAAUGGGCUGUGUUGGGAAAUAGUGAGUUCCCCAUCAUUAGAGGUCUCCAAGUAGAGAUUGAAUGACUUGUUAGAGAUACUGUAGAGGAGAUUCCUAUUCAAAUGGUUUCUGAAGUCCCAACUCUGAGGACUUGAAAUUCACUUCUAGGUGCAGGGAUGGGGUAUACACAUGCAUGACCGAGAGAAAGAGAUUCCUUUCUUCUCACCCCCAAGGAAGAAAGGAACUCAGCUGUCAGACCUUUUUGUGAGAUUUGAAGGUUCAUCAGAUCUUUGACUCUCCCACCCACCUGUCAAUUUAUAAUUCCUGAUAGCAGGAAAAGGUUUUGUUUCUUUCUGAAACUUCUCUGUCGUCAUAUCCCCCCAGAAUUCACCUGAGACAGUAUUUAUAAGGGCUGUAUUUCUUUAUAUAUAAAGCCAUUAGGGACAAAAGGAUGGGACUGGGGCAAGUGACAGAGAGAGGAUGAGGAGAUAGUCCCUGACUUUUCACCACGGUCCCCUAUGUGGAGCCCAGCUGCUGGGGGAGGGAGGGUGCCAGGGAAGAACAGGGCAGACCAUCUGCCAGGAUUACCUUGACUUUUUUCAGUGCAUCAAGAGAAGUUUUAGAGGUUGGGUGGUCUAGGAUGCCUUUUCCCUGAGUGGCUAAAGCUCCAGGGGAAAAUGCCCUUGGAAAUUAGCUGAUCUGUACCUAAGUGGGUAGUACUGAGACUCAUCUUGUGGAUCACCUUGUCUCCAGUUUAGUUUCUACAAACUGCUAGGUACUUUGUAUUGCCUUGUAAAUUACCUUAUCCAAGUUAAUUGAGAAAGACAGCGUGUUCUGAGGUAAAUCCUAACGUUCCCUUUUGUGUCUAGAAGUAUCUGAGCUAAGAGAAUUUCAUGUAAAAUACCUGCCCACCUAAUGGAGAUGUCAAAAACAAAUCAACCCCUGUUCCUCUCUGCCUCCCCCCACCCCCUGCAAAAAGCAACAACAACCUGUCCCAGUUCAGUUGAGAUUCCAGGCCACAUUAACUCCGUCCAAGCCAGAGGUGUCACUGCUGGAAUGAGGAAAUCUUUCAUGACAAGAUAAAAGCUAUUAAUCUUCCAGUUGUCUGACUAAUAACUUCAGUCCUGACCCCAAAGGUUGCUGCCUUCUCAUGGUAAUGCAGGGCACUUUAAGGUCUGUUAACCACCCUGGCUGCUUUCUCCCUGUUCAUUCUACUGUAUUGAAGCCUUAGAACUUCAAUGUGUUUAGGUCUAAAAGAUCAUCCAGUGUUACCUGUGUCUAGGAACAAGAGCAUCACAUGCUGGGGGUUGUUGGGGUAUUUGGGCCAAGCAGUUGACGUCUGAGGGACCUGCUAUCAACUUCACCAUCUGAAGCAAUAGAUGCUGAAAGUUGUUGGCAUGGAAAUUGUCACUGUUAUCUUUGUUGAAAGAAUGUCUGCGCUUAGGGGGAGGGAUUAGGAUAGUGGGUGCCAUUUUGAGGGAUUGUAUGUCUUUUCCAUAAAAAAAAAAUACAAAGAAGACGAGGAUAUAGCAUAAAUCAACCUUGCAGAGAAGUACAAAAAAAGUGCCCUAUUCAGGCUUCCUAGCCUGGAUGGUAUGGAAAGAAUGCAGCCAAAAUCUUCUAAUACUUGCCCUUGGUAUAUGGCUAUGGACCUGGAUAAGAAGAGAUUUAUCAGCCAAGCUUUAUGUGCCCAGGCAAAUCCAUUGGCCAGCAUUUUCUUUGUUUCAUGGCCCCAAGGGACCAGAUUACCUGGGGAUACUCCCUUUGGAAGCUAAUGGUCACUCUGUGCUUUAGGAAGGAAAGGCUCAAAAUUCAGCACAUGAAGCAUGGUGAUGAACACCAAGGUGCAUCAUUGUUCCAAGCUCUAAUUACAAGAAUUCAGAGCAUUCAACUGGGAGCAUUGUGAUGAGUCAAAAGCUAGGAAGUGAGGUCCAGGGGCAGGGCCUUCUGUUUGGGCUGCACAUCUCAGAAUCAUAGACCAUUGGAACUGGAUGACACUUAGACAUCAUCUGGGCUAAGGGGUCUUAACUUUUUGUGUUUUGUGGACUCUUUGGGCAAUCUGGUGAAGCCUAUGGACCCCUUCUCAGAAAAAUAUAUUUUUAAAUGCAUAAAAUAAAACACAUAGGAUUGCAAAAUAAAAUUUUAUUGAAAUAGUUAUCAACAUUUUUAGAAAACAGGUUCACAAACUCUAGUUGAGAACUGAUAUAGUUCAGCCCCUUCCAUCUUAUAGGUAAGGAAACUAUUCCAAGGUCACAUAGAUGGUAAAUGACAGAGCUGGGAUUUGAAGUACGGGCUAAUGACUCAGAUGGAUUUGUCUUUCCAGUAGUUUAGGGAGGGAAGGAACCUCUUUGCCACUCAAGAAAGACAUGGAAGUGUUCAAAGACUUUGAUGUCAAAAGAACGAGCAGACUUACAGAGGGAUAUUCUUCAAACUUUGACAAACUGAAGAACAUGGGCUCUAGGGGGAGUAUUUGUAUGACCUUAAGAAAUCAUAGACCCACAGGAGAUGAUCAGGAUUGGCUCAGAGCACAAACUACAUCUUCACAGGUAACAAAGAGCACAACUUUGGCCAGUGUUAUGUUUAUGGAUGUGCAUCACAAAGUCACCGUGUUCAUUUUGCUCAAAGACUCUUAAACCUUUUUCCUGAACAGUGUUAACUAAUACAGAAUUUUAAGCCACUUCUAUUAAAUUGUUGACACGGGCAUUUUUGCCCUAGUGUUGGGAAAUGCCACAAAUCAUAGAGAAAGUCAAUUCUAUCUCAAUGUUGGGCAAAGCUGAGGGAAGGUUAUGUAGCACUGCUGCCAUAUAAGAAUAUUGUAGAGGAUGGAGGUUGUCUCUGUGGGAGGCACAACAAUAUAUUAUUCCAUGAUGCAGAUGCAUGACAAACAGAUCUCUCUUAAUAUGUGUGCUGAUGCAGCUCUGAAUCAUGGAAUGUACCCAUUCAGGAACUGGUAUUUGGAUUGAAGUUUGGGGAUUUUUUUAAAGAGUAAGCAAGCUAAAGACAAUUUGGGAGUUGUUGUAAAUCAGUAUAAGCAAAUGAAAAUGUAUUUAGAACAAUUUUAUUUCUUUAAUUAAACACUUGUUUGGGUA